GGUGUUAUUAGCUCGGGAUCCCUUAAUUUUAACGCGCUAGAUAUGGUCAUCAAUAAUGCUUCCACUACGAAUAAUUUCUCAAUAUUCUUGAAAACUUUCAACCUAUCAGAGACGAUUGAUCUUUUCAGUCAAGGUAAGACGUGGUUGUGAUGAACUGUUUUUAAAAAAAAACCGACCACGUCCAUAUUUAGUUUUCAUGCGAUUCUAUAGCUUCAUAACAUUUGGUAUUUUUAACGAUUUUGAUCUGCAUGGCCAACCAAAGGUUCUGAGACCUGUCCGGAUGGUAAACGCUACGAAUGCAUCAGUUUUUAAUCUCGGUUGUAAUUUUUGAGAACCCGGAUUCUCAGUGAUUCAUUGCUGAUCUGCCUGCCAGUUUUGUGUGCUAACAUUCAUCUACCAUUCCUUUUUUCAUUUUCUUUUAAUGCUGUAAUUGUGUGCAUCUGGAAACGUGCAUGAAACACGUUGUAUGUCAAUGCGAGGGUCGAUGAAGAGACUUCGGUCCAAUGUGGAUGUUGCCAGUUCCGUCGAUUAACAUAAAAAUUAUGUAUAUUUUAAAACAAAUGAGCUUUAAAAGUGUUGUUAUUUUUAAUGCUACUGACCUGAAUUUUCCACUCAAUCCAUGAUAUUUUCAGCUUCACUACUCAUUCAGCAAAACGUUAUAGCACUAAUCGACGAAGGAGGUCACACAAAAACUUCAUCGUGUGCACUAUCUACAUUAACAAACAUCCCCCUUAUCCGCCUCAAUGGACACAGUACGCCAUUCAGCCAGUGUGAAAAGCUGGUCCAAAUGUCACCUGGGUAUAAAGAUUAUGCGCAUGCUUCUCUGGCAAUCCUCAAGACGUUCAGAUGGGAAAACGUUGCCUUGGUUUUCGAUGGUACGUUGAAAUAUAUAUUUUUGUUAAUGAAGGAUUUUGACAACAUGUAGAAAGGGACAGGAAGGGGAGCGAUGCUUGAUUCUAAAAUUACUUGAGAUUCUUCUUAAAGAGAAUGCUUUAAAGGUAAUAUUUUCUUUCUUUGUCUGUUUAUUUGUCUUGGUUUGUUUUGUUUUUUCUCCUUGAUUUUUUAGGGGACUGUUUAUAUCCCUCUGGUGUUGAGCCGUACCCAAAAAGCUUUUGACUCCUCCUCUUUUUUAAGUUUUCGAAAGAUUGUAUCUGAUUCUAGGAUUGAAUGUUAGUAGUGGGUGAAAAACCACUGAGGGGUAAAAUGCGGAUAUACCCUCAGAGUAGCUAUGUGACUACUGAUUGACAGACAUCUUUUUCUAGCUUGAUAACUAGAAAGGGAAAAUUUAAUUAAGAAAUUUAUUUAAAAAGAUGGGAACAAUUCAACUGAUACAGUCUUUAAUGCUAUUUAGACAGGUAUGUUGUUGGUAGAACCCAGGGAAAGAAUUGCCUCAAGUUCCCGUAAUUUCAAGAAUAUCCAAGAAAACAUAGCAAUUUAAUAUUGGCGUUAUAGCAUUAAAAUCGAUUUUGUCUAGAAGUGAGGUUAUUAUGUAUGAUGUGGAAAUUCCUUUUUAUCAUGAUUCCAAUAUCCGCAACCUGACCAUUGGAUUUCUAAAUUGCUACAGUGUAAUAAAGUCAAUCAAUCAAUCCUUCAAUCCUUUUUUCCACAGUCAGCAUUCAUUAAGCGAAACUCAGACACUUUUUCUUAAUCAUUUUAGGAAAUCGCCUACAAGAAGCUGGAUAUUUCCACGUGCUAUCGCAGAGAUCAAAUAUAAACGCAACUUUAGUCGAGAUUUCUGAGGAAAUGUUGAACGAGGACUCGACAGUUCCCAUAUGGAGAGCAAUCGAAGAUAUAAAAACCCUUAAAGCUGAAGUCGUUCUUCUUUUUACAAGUGAAAAAAAUAUGGGCAUGAUGUUGCAACAGGUUACUCAGUCUUUGGAUUUAAUGUCUGGCUAUUGUAAUAUUCAGAAAGUAUAAGGUAUUUCAUUGCGGUUUUUAUAUAUCUACCCGUUCCUAUUUAUUUCUUGCCAGGCUCCUCGUAGGGACAAAUUCUACAAAUGGAUACUUCAAGGACAGGUUUGAAAACCAGUGUUCUGUUAUUAAUCAAUCCGUCGUCGUAAUUUUAAAAAUAUUUUACUCCUAUUACCAUUAUUACUUUUUCGAAUUGCAGGUUCCGUUAAACUUGAGCAGUCAUCCAAACAAUGUGGUUCUAGCAAUGAAACUCAGGUGUCUUAAAAAUUUAUCUUCUAGGGCCGAAAAAGAAACGGUAAGAUUUAACGGUAUAGCAGCGCAUAAAAUUCAACUUUUUGGCGUCUUUAAUUAACAGGUUGUGUUUUUCAGACCGAAUGCCUUAGAAGAUUGCAAAGGCUGCAGAUGAGUGGUCUACAGCUGUGUCACCAACCCUUUUUUGCAGUUCCAUAAUAUUAGUUUGAAAAUUGCCUAUUUUAAGUGUUUACAAAACGAAACGAAUCAAACACAUUUAAUAAGAUCUCUCGUCUUAAACAGGAAAGCGAAAUGAGCAAUUUUUGUUUUAAACAGUGUCAGGUUUUGAAGGCUCCGGCGGUACGCCUCUCCCCAGGCUUCCCUAGAGUGCCCCCCUUCCCCACCCACUCCCCUGCUCAGAGCGCAUACGGACUACUGAAAUUCUCUAUUACAGCAGAACCCUCCGCAGUAAGGGCUUGGAGAAAAAGCUUUUCAGAACUUCCUGAUUUGGGUGAUUGUUUUGUGAAUAUAUACAAGUCAUCGAUAAGAUAAUAAGCUUAGACAAUUCUCUUUUAAGGUUAUGCACAGAAUAACCACGACAAACAAAGAACUACUGAAAUAUAAAUUAGCCUCUGAUGACAAGCUUCCUUUCUACUUCCACCCUGAUUCAAUUGAAUACAUCUUUAUACGUUGUCAAAAGUCAAACGAAUUCCUUCCCUAAACGAAUAUCGUAAGGAGAACGUACAACUUUUUAACAAGCUAAAGUUAUUUAAACAUUCGAAGACUCCUCUGCAUUGCAAAUGUCAAAUUUAACUCAAAGCAAACUCAGUCUAUUGGCUUUAUUGUAAAAGAAAUACUUGUGUACUUGCAAGAACAUCGCAACGAAACUUAAUUUAGAUGAAUUUUUACGUAAGCUUUUGGAACAAUAUCGCAUUGAAAAGUUGUUGCAAACAAUAUUAAAUAAGUGUGGCAACUUUAUAUUUCUAUCGUUUUUUUAUUUGAAUGUUUAUUUACGUUUUUGUGUGUUGAAGCUGUAACUAAGUUUUGUUACCAACUGACCUAUUUAUUUAGUUUUUGCUAUUGCGGUGUAUAUUGACAUUGUUAAUUUUUCGUCAAUAAAAAUAUUUCAAAAAAAUACAGCAGACCGCGGUUCUUAUUAAAAUAGUUCACAUUUUGAAUUCACCUUUGCGUUGGUACUCUUUCCAUAGGUACAAGCUUCACUAGCUUACGAUGCCGUUCAAGUUAUAAGUCAGGCUUUGAACAGGGAACCUUGCUCAUCGAUAAAUGGAACCACAAUUACUUCAAAUGAAAGAGAUACCAUGCUAACCUGUAUCAUUAAGGUGAACUAGAAAUACGUUAUUGUAAAAAUCUUGCCAAGCUGAAAGGGUCACCAGUGAAAAUAAAGGGAAACAAGCCAAAGGGAAAAAAUGUGAUUAAAAAAAAUCAGAACAAAAAAAAAUGUACAAAGAAAACGAAGCUUCCACACCGGGAUUUGAACUUACACCAAGAUUAUCUCCUGCGGGACAAGUUCGCUACUAGACCACUGGACCAUGCUUCCCCUGAUCUUUUAACAACGGAAAAUUAAUAGACUUAGGCAUUUUUCUCUGCCAUUCACGCUGUUUGAAGCUUGUGGAGCUGUGUUAAUCGUGAAUUCAAAGAUAAACUGGAGGAAAAUUAGCUUUUUUUGACGAGUAUUUCAAAGUCAUUUUGCAUUAUUUAUUCAUUUCGGUCGGUCGGACCGAAAUGUCCCUUUCCAUUUGACAAAAUUGUUGUCCCUAGUACUGCUCCUUUGUAUCCUGCUUGCAAGAACAAUAAGCAAACGGGCGGUGCCUUGGCUCGGGUCUGUGCAAACGGAAUGUAUCGUUCCAUUGGGCAGGAUGUCAGUAAAAGGCGGGGUCAGGGUCGCGGUCUAUCUUUUUUUUUUUUUUUUUAAGAAUGCUGUCUUAGGGUUAGGGUUAGGGUAGGGUAAGCGUUAGGGUAGGGUUAUAGUGAGGGUUAGUGUCAACCCUAACCCUAUCCCAAGCCCUAAAACAGCAUUUUUUAAGAUAAACCCCGACCCCGACCCCGCCUAUUACUGACACCCCAUUCGGCAAGUGGGAUUACCGAAAUUUCAAACGGAAAUUUUGUUAAAUAGCACUGUUGAGUUUGCAGGUCGCUGUUAUUUGCCUCAGAAAUACGUACGUCACGAUCAACAUGAAAGUGCACCACCGAAAUCAGUGGCAAGCCGGUUCUAACCAGUUGUGUUGCCUGGAAGCCUAAAAUGCACCAUGACAUGACGCUGAAUGGCACCUUUUGGCGUUUGUUUAUGGUUGGUUGCUAGGUAACUGCGGAAGAUAUCUACAUACUCAAACCGUGAUUCUGUCUCGUUAAGCGAUCACGCGCGUUCCACGAGUGAUGCCAAUUUCGACAAAAUUAUAAGCUCGCUUUCGCGAGCAACAAAUUGAUUUUACACCUGAACCUCUGAUGUCAGAGACUAACUUACAAAAGUAACUUUACCGUAGAGUGAUAAAAGACCAUUGAUGGAAGUGUUGUAACUAGAAACUGUGCCUUCGAUGGAAUGAACCUGUGCGCAUUAUUGAACUUAAACCUGUGUCACUCAAAUGCGAGGAACAGUGUCCUUGAUGGUUUUGUUACAAUCCACAGGCCAAUGUUGACGGUGUAACAGGAAAUGUCCAAUUUGACGAAGGUGGAACGCGAAACGGGAUCGAGUUUGAUAUCUAUAACUUAAGGAACAACUCCUUCCAAGUUGUAAGUAAUGAAGAUUUUGGGUAUUUAGAAUAAGCUUUCCCAAGGGUAAUACCGUAUUCUCGUCAUUUCCUCAAGUCUUCUACAAUGCUUGAAUUUGUUAUUUUGAUUCUUUCAUUCUAGUUAUGUAAAAAUGUGUUUUAAGCAUCAUGAAAAUCAUCAAGUGUAAAAAUAAAAUUAGAGCUCUUGGGAUCGAUUGUGCCGUUAUGACGUCAAGAAUGACGUCCUGAAAGUGGUUUAUGACGUAUCGUGUACAGAUCCCUUUUUUAUUUUUCAGGUAGGUUCAUGGAACUCGACGAAGUAUUUCACCAUGUUUGAGAAUUUGUCGUGCAACAUGGGAAAUCGAUUUCAAAGAGGGGCCCUGGAAGGAAGAAAACUUAGAGUUGUUGUCAAGGAGGUAUUGAAAGCACAAUUUGUAGCUCUUUAAUAUUUACUUUUUGACAGAUAUGAAUUUUUAUACCUAUUUUUUCUUUUUUUUUUUUUUUCAAUCAAUACAGGAUGACCCAUUUGUUAUUAAAGAGAAGAGCAAAGACGGUGCUAUUUCAUUCAAGGGAUACUGUAUUGAUCUGUUGGAGGAAUUGGCGAGAAAUCUUCAUUUUACCUAUGACAUCUACACCACCCCAGACGGUAACUAUGGCGCCGAAGCAGAAAACGGGACUUGGAAUGGCGUGAUUGGAGAGCUGAUAAAUCGGGUUGGUAUCAAACAAUCAAUUCACUUUCUUCCUGGGCGAAAGAAUCGACGACAAACACAAAAAAUAACUAAAACUAUAACUAAAAAAAUUUUUUUUUCUUUCCUUGAAAGCGUGCUGAUAUGGCUGUUACUGCCUUAACCAUAACCGAACGCAGAGAGAAUGUAGUGGACUUCGCCGUUCCAUUCAUGUACUACUCUAAAGAAAUGCUGCUCAUGAAGAAAGAGUCGGCAAGAAUUGAUCUCCUACAAUUUGCUGACCCGUUCCACGAAAAUGUUUGGUACACUUUAGUUGCCUGUAUCGUCAUCAUAUCUGGGGCUGUGUUUGUCUUGAACUAUUUCAGCCCUUAUGGCUACAAAGAUGAGAAUGGCCGAGGGACAUCCUGGGAGUUCAGCUUUCCCAACAGUGUCUGGUUUUCAUUGAGUUGUAUGUUGCAGCAAGGAGAAGACAAGACACCAAAGAGUUUGUCAGGUGGUGGUCCUAAGUUAGCAUGUCAUGAAGUUUUAUGUUCCCUUUCAUGGAAGUUAUCCCAAAUAGUACCUUGCGAUGUACAGAAGUCAGUUCUUUCUAGGUCAGGUCAAGAUUUCUUCUCUUUUAAGAGAAGAAUAUUUUCUUAAGAACUCUUAGCUGCUCGGCUUUGGAGUCGCCGGAGCCAAAUUUUCGGAAGCAUAAUUUGACUGGCGAGCGACAGCUUAACAUGAACAAAAAGUAAAAAGCUCCAAGUACUGGAGACAUGCAGUUGCAGUCUAUCUGAGGUUGACAGCGUGGUCUUCUUUGUCCUAUUAAAAUGAAGAAAAAAAGGCAGUCUAAGGGGUAGCAUCAAUCCCCCACUGUCCUUCCCUCCUAAAAUAAAGCGCAACUUUAUAAUUAGGUUAAUUUAUGAUAUACUAUAUGCUUUAAUUAUUUGUAAAGUUUUCAUAACGUACGUUUUAAAGUCUAAUUUUACUAUUCAGGUCGCGUCCUCACUGCCUGUUACUGGUUCUGCAUCCUUGUUUUUGUUUCAUCCUACACCGCCAACCUCGCAGCAUUUUUCACGGUGAAGAAUACAAGGUAUCCAAUCAAUAACCUCAAUGACAUCUUAACGUCGUCUUAUAAGGUAGUAAUAAUAUCCUCAGGAAGUACUUACGAGUUUUUCAAGACAAGUCAGAUAGAAAAGCACAGGCAAAUUUGGCGCAGGGUUCAAGAGCAUGGCACAGUUGCUCAAAACAUCAACCAAGGCAUCCAAUGGGUGAAAGAAAGAGAAGAAAUGGUGCUAAUAUAUGAUGGCCCGAAGCUCCGUCAUGUUGCCGACAAACAACCAUGCAAUUUGACCACAGGUAACUACAGAAUAUAUUAA